AUGCCUUCCGCAUCGCACCCUUCGCUCUCCUCGGCCCUUGCUUCCAUCGAGGAGCAGUUCGAUCUCUCGCCGAUCAAGCUGCAAGGCAUUUUGGACAGGUUCAGAGAAAGGAUGGUGUACGGCUUACAGACUCACGGAGCUGCGAUGGCCAUGAUACCCAGCUAUGGUGCGUGCGGAACCGAUCUGCCUUCACGCAAUCGUCUCAACACUUGCUGCGUGCUUCCUCUGUCGAAAAGUGCAGAAGAAUGCAGCCCUGUUGAGCGAGCUCGUACUGAUGCCAGCAAUGUUUGCCGACAGUCACGGGCACGCCGGAUGGAUCGGAAAAAGGCGUCUACUUGGCUCUGGACCUGGGCGGAACGAAUUUGUGCGUAGAGGGUAGGAUCAUCAAGCGCUUUGUCCCGCUCCGAGCAGACGAGCGAGGCAUGAUCGGCCUCGUAUGACAGCAGAAGGGACUCCCCUGCUCACAGAUUCAUUGUCAAUCCUCACAGGCGCGUAUGCGAAGUGACGCUAGGUGGUGAAGGGAAGGUCAGCAUGAAGCAGGAAAAGUACAAGGUGUGAGUAGGUCCGACUCACACAUUCUGGGUCGCUCGUGUGCAUUCCUUGACGAGCUUUCAUCUCACUGAUACAGUUCCGAUCAGCUCAAGACUGGCCCAGUCGAGGACCUGUUCGACUACAUUGCCUCUUCAGUGGCUAAGUUCUUGAAGGAUUUCAGCAGCGCGGCUCCUCAGAACCCGCAGGAUGGUCCUUUGCUUAUGGGCUUCACCUUCAGUUUCGUGCGUGAUAACACCAAGGACGUCGGAAUGUGCGGCAUAGUAGCCAGGAUACUGACCUCAUUCCAACGGGGCGCACGACUGCUUGUAGCCCGUGGAACAGACAGCUAUAGAUCGAGGCACUCUUAUCAGCUGGACGAAAGGUUUUAGCUGUCCUGGGGCCGUGGGUCUAGAAGUUGUACAGCUGCUGCAAGGGUGUCUGGAUCGGCAACAUGUCCCUGUCCGGGUGAAUGCGCUGGUCAACGACACUGUCGGAGCACUGUUGGCGCACGCUUACCAUGCCAAGGGAGCGUUGCUUGGAGCCAUCUUUGGCACAGGCACCAAUGGAGCUUAUGUGGAGUCGGUAGAAAGAAUUGGCAAGAUGAAUGCGGCUCACGCUCACGGUGAAGAGACGAUGAUCAUCAACACCGAAUGGGGAGGCUUCGAUGACGAGGUGCGUUCCGAUGACGACAUCCGAGCGCGUUUGGAGCUUGCGUCGUCUUCUGACACUUUUGGGAACGCUUCCAGCGCGCCGCGCUACUCAUCACCUUGUUUGACAAUACCGUUGAUCGGACUGCGAUCAGACCUCGACACCACGCUUUUGAGAAGAUGAUCAGCGGAAUGUGUACGUUUGACUCUCACUGCGCUCAAGUCGGAGAUCGCUCACGUGCAUGGCCGCUUCUCCGUCGCAGAUCUUGGCGAGGUCGUGCGGACAGUCUUGAUCCACCUUGUGGACUCUCUGCAUCUCUUCCAAGGUUUUUCCUCAGAGCUACUAAACAAGCAGUACGGCUUCGACACCGCGUACGUGUCGGCAGUCCUCGCAGACAAGAAGCCCUCGAGUUCUGCCGACUCGCCCACUCGAUUGGUUCUGGUGGACACGUUAGGUAUCAAAUCUGAGCACGUUGCCGAGGGAGAUGUCGAGACUGUCAAGGCAGUGUGCAAAAUUGUGGGAAGGCGGGCAGCUAGGUUGAGCAGCGUCGCUAUUGCGGCAACAUUGCAGCAUACUGGGCACGAUCAGCAUCGAGGUGCCGAGUUGCAGGAAUCCGACUACAUCGAUAUUGGCUGCGACGGAAGCGUGUACGAAUUCCUGCCUUACUUUGAAGAAUGGUGAGCAUGUCGAAGGCUGCUCCCAGAGCGGACCUGGCAGAUCUGACCACAUUUCCUGCGCCGCGUCGACUCCAGGGUAAGGGAGGCAUUGCGAGAUCUUGUCGGAGAAGGCGCCGAAAAGCGCGUGCGAAUGGCACUUGCAAAGGAUGGCAGUGGAGUGGGAGGUGAGAAGCUAUGCUUUAUGGAUGACUGCGAAGUGUUCGCUAAGCCUGCUGACUCUGCUCAUCCCCCUCCUCUCCAGCUGCUUUGUGCGCUUUGCAAGCCAAGAAACAACAUGAUAGAAUGCUUGCCAGAAGGUGAGAGGUGAUUCUGGCAAACUCAGCUAACACCGGUGCCCCUGUACUGAGCGUAUUUAUGAUUGUCCAUCUCCAGCAACACGAUUUGA